GCUUCUAUCUUUCUCUCUCUCUCUUUGUUUGCGCGAACUCGAUCGGCAUCGGCACCCCACCCCAGAGGGAAAACAAACAAUAAAACCCAACCAGAACGCAAUUCCCUCCGAUUUUACCCCUUUUUCUUCUUCCUUUCUCCUCCGAAUCCCUAUCAUCCUUCUUCCGUUCUCUCCAAAGCACCUUCCUUUUUACCCUUCGUUUCGCCGUUAGUUGUUCCCCUAUUCGUCUACUCAAAUUAGGGUUUCUCUGGUAAAAUCUAUCUGCAUUCGACUUUUUUUUGUUCCUUUUUUUUUCCUUCUCGCACGGUAUUAUUCUUUUAUUCUGUUCUCCUAUCUGAGUCCCUUGUAUCCUGAAUCAUCACGACUAUCGGGUUUACGGAAAAACAAAAAAGAAAAAGAAAAAAAAAUAGAGUAGAAAUUUUGUUUAUUUUUACUUUUGCCUCCUUUCCUUCUGUCUCUCUGUUCUGUGCAUAAAUUUGAUCCUAUUUUUCCUGCUUUGAUUCCAUUUUCCAGCUGUUCUUAUAUAUUAUCAUUAUUAUUGUUGUUGGGUUAUUCGCAAGAAACUCUGUGAAGUUUUUGGUGCGUUGUUUUAGUUUGCCAUCCGAAAUCGAGGGUUUUCUUGUUAGAUCUAUUCCACGACCUUUUCUUUUUCUUUUACCCCUCCUCCUACAUUUUUUCCUACUCUUUUGUUUUUUUUUCCUCCCUGUAUCAUUCUCAUCAAGAGAAUUAAGAAAAAAUUCCCCAAAAAAUUGUUGUUUUAGGUAGAAGCCCCCCCAAAAGGGAAAAAAUUAGGGUUAGGCUGAUUGAUUGGGUUGACGGGGGUGUGUAUAUAGAUAUAUAGGUAUCUGAGAUGGCGUUGAAUUUCUCGCAUCGACCAAUUUUUCCGGGUGGUCUGUCUGAGGAUAAUUUGGUUGCGCCCAUGAGGAUUGGGAAUGGGUACCGGGUGGAAGGUAUUCAGGAGAAGGGUAAGGGUGCAGGUGGUGGUGAUGGUUUUGGGAAUGCAUCAUGGCAUGAUGCUGAUAAUUGCUUUGAUUAUGGGAGAGAGAGGUGUGAUAUGGGUAACGCUCAAGAUUCUGUCUCCAAGGACAUUCUUGAUCUUUUGCCCUCGGAUCCCUUUGGAAUGGACAUCAGCACCACAUUUACUGCUAUCAAGGGGUGGCUUCAGGAUUUGGAGGUUGAUAAUGGUGGUUACCGGAUGGAGGAACUUCGGGAAGGCAACCGUUUCCAGAUGUAUGCUGAGUUGGAAUUUCUUUGCAACAAUGCUAUGUGGUUUCACACGUUAGAGCCGAGUGGAUUCGGUGAGUGCUCUUUGAGAGUUGGAGCUCCAUCCUGCAAUUUUGCUUCUGGAUCUGAUUGUAGUAUGGAUGACAAGUUGGGUUUUGGAUCUGAUUAUGAAGAUGUGGGCAUUCCUAGCUGGUCUGGUGGUGACACACACAUGGAUGAUGGGAACUUUUUUGGUGCCGAUGAACUUUCUCCUCAUCCAGCUAUGAGUUUUUGUCUUGGCUAUCUAGGAUUGUCUGAUCUUCUUGUUGUUGAAAGAGUAUGCAAAUCUCUGCGUUCUACAGUUCGAGGCGAUCCACUUUUGUGGAGAAGGAUACACAUAGACCAACCUUUAAAUGAGAGGAUUACUGAUGAUGUUCUUAUGCAACUAUCUGAUAGAGCUCAGGGUAAUCUUCAGUGCUUGAGCCUAGUGGAGUGCACUAGGAUUACUGAUGAUGGUCUGAGGCGUGUUCUUGAAGCCAAUCCCAAGUUAACUAAGUUGAGUGUUCCUGGAUGCACAAGACUCAGUAUUGAAGGUAUAGUGAGUACUUUAAAAGCUUUCAAGGCUAUGGGAACACAAGGGGUGAAACAUUUACACAUAGGUGGCCUUUAUGGUGUUACACAAAACCAUUUUGAAGAACUGAAGCUCUUGAUGGGCACUGAUAGCCAGGUGCUGCAGCAUCCACGCAAACCUCACUUUUACCGCAGGGGCAACUUAUACCUGUCUUGUGAUGAUGACCGAGACAUAGAUAUUGAAGUUUGUCCAAGAUGCCAGAAUUUAAGGCUGGUAUAUGAUUGUCCUGCAGAGGGCUGUCAAGCAGUGGGGCAUGCCCCAGAGUGUAGGGCAUGCACUUUAUGCAUAGCCCGGUGUAGUCAGUGUGGCCAUUGCAUCAAUGACAGCGAGUAUGAAGAAACAUUUUGUCUGGAACUACUUUGCUCCUCUUGUUCCAAGCUGCUAAUCAAAUGUUCAGAAAGGCCAGAUAGAAGUGUUGGCCCAACUGAGUCAGUUGUUCCCCAUGAGCACAGUUAGGUCUUGUGUCAUUACAGAAUAGUAUCUUGUGCAGGUUUGUCUGAGUAUCUCUUAUUGCAGGUUCUUAUGAGGAACAAAGUAGUAUAAGGUCAUAUGAAAUGUUGGGUCCUGUUGGGUUGUAUGCCACUCUUAACUAUUUGGUCUCAGAUUGAAGUGAGUGUGGGGAUUUUCCUGUUGUAGAGAAGAAAUAAGAAAUGAGGUCAUGGGUGUUUCUGCAACUGCUGGAGGAAUCAAAUCAAUUACCUUUGUUGACGAUCAACUGCUUCAUAAUUACAACGGGUAGUUGAAGUGGCAGUAUGGAGUUUGCAUCCGGAGAACUGUGAAUGUGUUCUAUGAUGCAACCUUGUCUGUUCAGAUGACCUUCAGACUAACAUUUGCUUUGAUGCACGACUAAUUUGAGCUGAUCCGAUCCUCAGAUUUCUGGUUACGUCCUCAUUAGGUGUAUUCAUCUACUAAUAAUUCACUCUUACCAUAUUGUGUUGUAUAUGUACAAUGUUUUUUUUCCUUUCUUGUCGUCCUUGAAGAAGAGAAAAAUAAGGAAAGGGGUAUUAUAUAGAAUGUCUCUAAAUCGACGCUCAUGUUGUUUCUUUGAUUGUAUCUGUUGAAAUUCUGUUAUGAUGGACUUGAGCUUAAAAGUUUAAUGCUAUUAUCUACUUGAUUUAA